AGGUGAAUUAUGAUAACCAUCUCAUCUUUAGGUGAUUAGGGUUAAAAACAUAUUUACUUAGCUUUGGUUGAAUUUUUUUUUUUUUGGUUAAUUUGGUCGUAAAAAAUUGUCACUGAAUGAUCGAGCAUGACAUCAUUUUAAAAUAAAGAUUAGAUCAUUAUGUAUAUAUCGUAGUAGAACGUUUUUAUAUCUGGGAUAAAAAAAAAAAAAUUGCUUCUACGAACCAUGAUAAAGAAAGAAAAUUACAAUAAUGAGAACAAGAAAAUAUAGAAAAAUUAGCGAUCAAAUAAUUAGCGGCAAAUCCAAACAUGUUUCAAGUUUGUAAUGAAUUGAAAUUACUUUCUUUUUUUUUUUUACAUUACAUUGUUUUCUGGGAACGAAAUUUGUUUUUUUAACUGGUGCUGGUGAACCGUGAACUGGUGAUAGUGGUCUUAUUUGGUCACAUAUAAUUUCAUUUAAAAAAUAUAUUAUCGAAAAUAAAAAUUAUACAUGUAAAAUUAAGUACGGUUAAGGAUGUUGUGGGCUUUUGAGACCCGUUUAGAUGUAGUUAUAGGCCCAUUGAUAUGCCCAUCGGGUUUGGGUUAGUUAUUUAAAACAGGUACGAAUCACCGGAUAAGUUUUCUUACUUUGUAGUUUUUAGUUUUUACAACCACCGCGCAGUGUUAAUCACCAACGUUUAGGUCUUCGAACGACACGUGUCACCACAUGUCAAUCGGAGAAUUACUGUUACCCCAUCCCAAAAAGCCUUUUUAUAUCUUAACCACUUAACACUUACGGUUUCACUAACGAAGAAAAUGGCGCCGAGAAAACCAAAGGUGGUUUCCGUGACGAAGAAGAAGAAAGUAGUGGAAGAGACAAUCAAAGUAACCGUCACGGAAGGAGAAGAUCCGUGUGUGACCACCGAGACAGCAAACGAUCAAGAGACGCAAGAUCUCACUUUCUCUAUUCCCGUCGGAGAAAACGUUACUACGGUUGAGAUUCCGGUGGAGGUUCGAGAUGAACAGUCACCUCAGCCACCGGAAACUCCCGCUUCCAAGAGUGAAGGCACUUUGAAAAAAACAGAUACGGUUGAGAAGAAGAAGAAGAAAAAAAAGAAGAAGAAGCGAGACGAUUUGGCAGGAGAUGAGUAUAGGAGAUAUGUGUAUAAAGUGAUGAAGCAAGUGCAUCCGGAUUUAGGGAUAACGUCAAAGGCGAUGACGGUAGUGAACAUGUUCAUGGGAGAUAUGUUCGAGAGAAUAGCGCAGGAGGCGGCGAGGUUAAGUGAUUAUACGAAGCGGAAGACGUUGUCGUCGAGGGAGAUCGAAGCAGCGGUGAGGUUGGUUCUCCCUGGUGAACUUAGCCGCCACGCCGUCGCUGAAGGCUCUAAAGCUGUUAGUAACUAUGUUGGUUAUGGUAGUAGGAAACGUUAGUUAGUUUUGAUUCCCUAAUUAAUCGUUGUAUCUAAUUUUCUUGUAAUGUUUUCCAACUUUAAUGUUAGGGGAAGGUUAACUUAGAGAGUAUGUUUCCAUAAUUAUGUGAUUAUUUCGUUUCGUGUUUUAUGAAUGUUCUGUAGAAUAUUUCUUGUUGUCGAAAAGGAGAUGGGUACUUGAUAAUUUCAA